GCUACAAGCCGCCGGUUGCCCUUCGUGGAUCCUUUACCGCCUUCACGUGGGCUAUAUUGGUCCGGUGUUCGUCUCUCAACUCCGCCAUUUGCAGCGUCACAGCUGCAGUCCCUCCCAACCCCUCCUUCAUCCGAAGCUGGUAGGUCGUCAGGACCUCACAGCGACACAACCGUCAUCGUGGCUGCCGCAGUAGCUCAUCCGACCUCCAUGCAUCCUGGGUCUGACCCAAUGGGUGCACCUCCUAGCUUCGCGGCGCGGAGGCCCCAUGCGGCUCAGUUGGGUAGCUUCGAGCUUCCUCCUCCGCCAAUGCACAAAUAUCCCUUCCACCAUUCUGUCGCCUCAUCUCAGCCAUCACAGAUCCCGACAACGAUUGCUAGCGUUGGGAACCUGCUUACACCGCCAAAUACCGUUUCAGGGGAUGGAAUCAGUCCUUCAUCCAGAGUCCCAACAACAAGCACACACUCGACAACAAUGCCUUACUCGAAUGGAAACUACAUCUACUCUCCACCAACGCAAGGAUCGACACACUAUGGCUACCCACCCUCGCACCAUCAUCAAAACCAAUAUGGACAAGCCCGAGGAGGUACGUUUGCUCCACUACGCAGUGAUCGUCAGCCUGGACAUGACGACUUACAUCGCAAAGGGCUGAAUCCGCCACCUUACGAGAUGAAUCACCAGCUGCCACCUUUUACGCCUUCGUCCAACGCGUCUAGUAUGUCUUCGAUGUCUUCACAGCAGCAGCAGCCUCAUCAUCAUCAUAUGAUGAGCCAGCAAUCACCUGUGACGACUUCUGCGCCUCAGCAAUCUCCCGCACUUGUCCAGGACUCCUUCAGGCAACCCCACCCACCGACGCCAACCUACAACUAUCAGCCGUCGGGGGCGCCUCAACAUUCCAACUUCUCGUAUUCGACCGCUCCAUCGCCAAGUCUGCAACAGAGUCCAAUUAGCGCUGGAGGAUCCAUGCCUAGGAUGUCGCCGGCAGUAUCGCAGGGUCCGCUACCAUCAAGUAACCAGGCUCAAUCUCCGUACUCCUACCAACGGCCACCUCCAGCAUAUUCUCCAGGCUCAGCGCCCGUCUUCUCGAACGUCCAAAACCCCAAUGGUCAGCUUUCCCUGGUUGGAGUACACCCUGGCAUGAUGCCGGGCUUCAACAGUGGACACGCAGCAGCGAUGCCUCACUUCAUGGGACAUCCUUCCCACCAGUCAGCACCUGUGAACGACAGGCCAUUCAAGUGUGAUCAGUGCCCUCAGAGCUUCAACAGAAACCACGAUUUGAAGCGACACAAGAGGAUACAUCUGGCAGUCAAGCCAUUCCCGUGCAACCACUGCGACAAGAGCUUCUCGCGCAAAGACGCGCUUAAGCGUCACAUUCUAGUCAAGGGGUGCGGGAAAGCUGCCUCCGGCGAUGAAGCCAAACGAGAAAGUCACUCGCCUGACCAUAAGACUGAGACACCCAAAAAGAUGAUGUCGAGUCACGCCUGA